AUGAAUGUUAAAGACAGUAUUGAAGAUCACGAGAUUGAAAGUUCGUCAGAUAAUGAUGAUGAAAUAACACCGCAUGAAUUUGCUGAUGUAAUUCAAACUAUAAUCACCUCAUACUCAGAGUCAAAUCUCGAUGAAUUUAAAACAAAACUUAUACUUUCAACAGAACACUGUGAAACAACUGAAAGUGAUGUUACUUGUAUCAUAGAAGAAUAUGAUUUCCAUGUUUUUCUUAAUACAAUUCUUAGAGAAAUUGAUGAUGCAGAUUUAUUACUCCAAAUACUUAGAGCCAUUGAAUCACUGUUAUAUGUUAAUAGAAAAUUUACUGAUUACUACAUUUCUUCAGGAUUAUUAGAUAUCUUAGCGAAUUUAAUUAAGCCUCCGAUUUCUUACAACUGCACAGAAGCUCUUCAGAUUCUUUCCUUGUUUAUAUUAGAUUACCCCGAUAGAUUUAAAGAAUUUUAUACAAUUGCGCCACUUUCAACAAUUUAUGAAAUUUUCUUGAGCAUUGGAACUCAGCAUAUUAAAAUUGAUGGGCAACUCUCAAGUCUUAUAUCAAAAUAUAUCGAAUACUAUUCAAAAACAGAUCUGUCUUCGCUAGAAGUUUCUCAAAUAAUCGAAAUUGCAAAAUUUAUCUUAUCACUUGACUUGGAAGGCUCCAACACUAUUAUAGUUUCUAUUAUGCAUAUGAUUUCCAAUGAUUGUUAUUCAAUUGAACAAUUUUUUAAGGAUCAAAUUUUAGAUUUCUUCUCAUCUUACUAUGAAUCACCGGAUGAAAAGAAAGUACUACACAUCACAAAGAUGUUUAAGGUUUUAUUAUCAAAAAAUGACUUUCCUAAUUCAGAAUUUCCUUUAGGUAGCUUCAUGAAGAUCCUUGAGUCCAGUACAUCGAAUAAAAUAACAAAAGAAGUUUGCCAACUGUUUCAAAUUUAUUUUGAAAAAAAUAAUAUUGAAUCAGUACUUCAAACUAACAUUUUAGAAGUAUUAUCUGGUUUAAUUGACGCUGAAUCGACCAAUUAUGCCAGUAUUAUUGAGAUUUCAAUGUUAAUUUUCAAGAUAUUCAAAAGACUUGAUAACAGUUUAAUUUCUCAGUUAAUUUCAAAUGAGAUUAUAUAUGCUUUUUCAAUUUUACUCAAUUGUGAGAACAGAGAAGUUAUUAACGAAAGUCUUCAAAUGAUCCAAAGAAUUACAUCAUUAUUUGAAGCAAAUGGGCAACUGGGAGAUUUGUUGCCUGUGUUUGACAAAAUAGAUCUUUUAUCUGCUUUAGAAAAUAUAGAUCCAGACGAUGAUGAGCAAGAAGAAUUAAUUGAAUUGAUAACUGAUAAGAUAAACUCAUCUUAG